AUGUCGGGCUCGGCGGCUCUGAACGCGGGGGCGGCGGCUCUAGGCGGGCUGGGCGGCUCGCUGGAGGACAAGGACUGUGACCUGCUGUGUCCAGUCUGCUUCGAGCUCAUCGACGAGGCCUACGUGACCCGCUGCGGACACUCGUUCUGUUACUCCUGCAUCGCCAAGUCGGUGGAGCUCCAUCGUCGCUGUCCCAAGUGCGGCGCGGCGCUCGCGGGUCGGGACCACUACUUCCCGAACUUCCUCCUCAACGAGCUAGUAGCUCGCCGGCGGCUCCGCUCGCGUCCCCCCGUCGUCAGCGGCCCUACUGCCGCCGGCUCGCCGUCCAGCGCGGCGGACGCGGACCGUCUCCGCGCCCUGCUGGCCUCGGAGGCGCGCCACCUCGCGCUGCCCGACGUGGAGGGCAUGCUGGACGUCCUCACUCGCAGGAAGCGUCUCCUGGAGGCGGAGUCCGCGGCCGCGCACCACCGGCUGCUGUACGAGUUCCUGGCGCAGCUCCUGAGACACCGGACGCACCAGCUGGAACAACUCACCAGGGAGGCCGCGCUCGUUAAGAAGGACAUGGAGCACGUGUCGGGUGUCUUGCGGGAGCUGCGUGCGGGGGCGGCGGGGCUGGGGGGGGACGCGGACCACAGGGACCUGCGGGACGUACGGCCGCGACUGGGGGAGCUCGGGGACGUGCCUCGGAGCCCACCCAACGAGGAGGAGGAGAGCUUCGCGUCGGCGACCGGCAGCGGGGGAGGGGGGGACGCGCUCGCCGCCAGGUGGAGGAGACUAGCGGCGCACUUUGAUGACUUUGUGCAGUGUUACUUCGCACACCGCGCCGACGAGUUGUAUUUCCCUGGUUCAGGCGCGGCGACCCCCGCCCCGCUCGCCCCCGCCGCCCCUCCGUCCUCCUCCGACGCGCCCCCGCCCUGUCCUCCCCCCGCCGGCUCCUCCAGCACGCUGGUGGACGCGGACGUGGUGCCCCAGCAGGCCUCCGCCCCGGAGACCCGCGCCUCCAGCGCCGCCGGGGACCAGCGCGCGCCCGAGGGUGACCCGCCCCCACCCAGUGUCCCUCCUCCGCCACCGGCCAGCGUCGGUGGGACCGGAGCCCCGGCCGGGAGCGGCGCCGGCGGAGGAGAGGGCGGCUUUGGAGGACUGGAGGCGUUCCGCGAGGACCUGGCAGCCUUCACCCGCUACCGCUCCCUCCGUCCGCUGGCCACGUUGUCGUACUGCAGCGACGCCAUCAACUACUCCACGAUCGUGUCCACCAUCGAGUUCGACAAGGACGAGGAGUUCUUCGCCAUCGCGGGCGUCACCAAGAGGAUCAAGGUGUUCGAGUUCGAGGCGGUGGUGCGGGACGCGGUGGACGUACACUACCCGUGCGCCGAGAUGCAGUGCUCGCACAAGAUAUCGUGCGUGUCCUGGAACGCCUACCACAAGAACGUGCUCGCCUCCUCGGACUACGAGGGCACGGUGAGCGUGUGGGACGCGGCGGCCGGCGUGCGCACGCGCGCGCUGCAGGAGCAUGACAAGCGCUGCUGGUCCGUGCACUUCAACCGCGCGGACGUACGCCUGCUGGCCUCGGGCUCGGACGACGCGCGCGUCAAGCUGUGGGCGCUGAACGCGGAGCGCUCCGUGGCUACGCUGGAGGCCAAGUUCAACGUGUGCUGCGUGCGCUUCAACCCGCGCUCCUCCUGCCACCUGGCCUUCGGCUCCGCGGACCACUGCGUGCACUACUACGACCUGCGAGCGCCCCGCGCCCCGCUGGCCGUGUUCCGCGACCACCGCAAGGCCGUCUCCUACGUCAAGUUCGUGGACGCGCGCACGCUGGUGUCGGCCUCCACGGACUCGCAGCUCAAGCUGUGGCGCGUGGAGUCCCCGCGGUGCGUGCGCUCCUUCACCGGACACACCAACGAGAAGAACUUCGUGGGCCUCGCCACGGACGGGAAGUACGUGGCGUGCGGGUCGGAGAACAACGCGCUGUACGUGUACUACGCGGGUCUGUCUCGGCCGCUGCUGGCUCACCGGUUCGACGCGGUGCGAGGGUUCCUGGAGCGGGAGAGGAGGGACGAGGAGCCCGCCGAGUUCGUGUCGGCCGUGUGCUGGAGGCGCGCCGCGGACAGACCCGCGCUGCUGGCCGCCAACAGUCAGGGGGCCAUCAAGGUGCUGGAGCUGGUGUAG